UACCCCAAUCUCUCACUUUGCUGUCUCGCUUCGACCAUUCAGAGCAAGUAGUCAAAGACAGCCGCGGUCUGCUACAGAUUCAUCAUGUGCGGAAUCAUCGCAUACCAGAACCACCUCGUCGACAAGGACCGCCGGCAAAUCAUUGAGAUUCUUGUCAAUGGUCUUGCCCGCCUAGAAUAUCGUGGAUACGAUAGCGCAGGAUGCGCGGUUGAUGGCGACACGGAGAAAGAUGUUCUCAUCUUCAAGCAGGUUGGCAAGGUGGCCGCCCUACGCGAGCACAUUGCCCAGGCCCCGGUAGACCUUGCCAAGACGUUCGCUUCACACAUGGGCAUGGCGCACACACGCUGGGCAACGCACGGACAACCGUCACCAUUGAACUGUCACCCUCACCGAUCGGACACCAAGAACGAAUUCACUGUUGUACACAACGGCAUCAUCACCAAUUACAAAGAGCUUAAACUCGUCCUGGAGAAGAAAGGCUUCCAGUUUGAAACCGAGACCGACACGGAGAGCGUCGCCAAGCUUUGCAAGUACCUCUACGAUUCGGCUCAGGGACGUAAGCCGGACUUUACCUCGCUUGUCAAGAGCGUCAUCAAGGAGCUCGAGGGAGCUUUCAGCUUUGUUUUCAAGAGCGUUCACUACCCUGGCGAGCUGGUCUGCGCCAGGCGCGGAUCCCCCCUGCUUAUCGGUGUCAAGACAGAGAAGAAGCUCAAGGUCGACUUUGUUGAUGUCGAAUUCGGCAACACCGCUGGAGCAGGCGACGCAGCAUCGCACCUCGCCGACCCUAGCUUGCUGGCUCCACCCGGCAUACAGCCCAGCAAGCCCGGCUCUGGCGGCCUGCAGGUGCCCAACGGCAACCCGAACCUGAUGCGCACCCAGUCGCGCGCCUUCCUCAGCGAAGAUGGCCUGCCGCAACCGAUCGAGUACUUCGUCGCCUCGGACGCCAGCGCCAUCAUCGAGCACACCAAGCGUGUGCUCUACCUUGAAGAUGACGACAUUGCGCACAUCAGCAAGGGCGAGCUGCACAUCCACCGCCUGCGCCGCAACGAUGGCUUGUCGAGCAUGCGCUCCAUUGAGACGCUGGAGAUUGAGCUGGCAGAGAUCAUGAAGGGCCAGUUCGAGCACUUUAUGCAAAAGGAGAUCUACGAGCAGCCAGAGAGUGUCGUCAACACGAUGCGCGGUCGCGUCAACUUUGACACCCGUCAGGUCAAGCUCGGCGGCCUGACCGCGUUCCUCAACACCAUGAGGCGGUGCAGGAGGAUCGUGUUUGUCGCCUGCGGUACCUCGUACCACUCGUGUCUCGCCACGCGUUCCAUCUUUGAAGAGCUAACCGAGAUCCCCGUAUCGAUCGAGCUCGCAUCAGACUUUUUGGACCGCAAGACGCCCAUCUUCCGAGAUGACGUCUGCGUGUUUGUUUCCCAAUCGGGCGAGACCGCGGACACGAUCCUGGCACUGCGGUACUGCAUGGAGAGGGGCGCGCUCUGCCUUGGUGUCGUUAACACAGUCGGCUCGACCAUCUCCCGCGAGACACACUGCGGUGUCCACAUCAACGCUGGGCCCGAGAUCGGCGUCGCGUCGACCAAGGCGUACACGUCCCAGUAUAUUGCCCUGAUCAUGAUGGCCGUGCAGCUCUCCGAGGACCGGAUCAGCAUGGCGGACAGGCGCAAUGCCAUCAUCGACGGCCUGCACGAUCUUCCCGGCCAGAUCCGCAACGUGCUCGCGCAGGAUAAGGCGCUGCAGAACCUGGCGUACAACACGCUCAGCAAGGAGAGGAGCUUGCUCAUCAUGGGCAGAGGGUACCAGCACGCUACUUGCCUCGAGGGAGCGCUCAAGAUCAAGGAGGUGUGCUAUAUGCACUCCGAAGGCAUCCUCGCUGGUGAACUCAAGCAUGGCCCGCUCGCGCUGAUCGACGAGUCCAUGCCGGUCAUUCUGAUCAUGACAAAGGACUCGCUUUACCCCAAGGUUCAUUCGGCGCUGAUGCAAGUCACCGCGCGCAAAGGUCAGCCGAUCAUCAUCUGUAACGACGACGACCAGGACAUUGGCGCCGACGCCAAGACGAUCCGCGUCCCGCGCACCGUCGACUGCUUGCAAGGCCUCUUGACUGUCAUUCCGCUGCAAUUGCUCUCGUACCAUCUUGCGACCGCAGCUGGAGUCAAUGUUGACUUCCCAAGAAACUUGGCCAAAUCAGUCACUGUCGAGUGAAAGCCGCGGCGGACAUGCAGCAUGGUCAGUUUUCUCGCUUUUCGGGAGCAGGGACGCACAUGCCGUAAUCAUCAAGUCACACGGCAAGUUAUCACGAGGUGGAAGAAGGCGGGGGGCGGAGUAUAGCAAGUCAGCAGCCGAUCAAACGUUUUCGUUUCUUCGAGCUGUAUGCUUGGAUCUUCCCAACGCGCCGAUCAGCUAGCGUUGAUCAUGGACGUGGACAGCCCUGCAUUGUGCAUCGCGUUCGUUCUCCCUCUAUCGUUUUGGCGCACGAGUAGCGAGCGAGAAAGCUCGGAACAGUUCCCAACAACAACUACAUCAUCAACAACAUCGUCAUCGGUGUGGAAUGAGUAUACGUCUCUGGUGUCGUUGGUUCUCGCAGGCGUGUGUACGCAUAGAAACGAAUGAAUUUGAAUGUAAUUACUCUUUGAUCGCUGUGGAGCGUUCGCCGCCGCGGUCUUCCACUGUCGAAAAUGAGCGCCAUGAUAUUUCCAGAGCG